AGGAUCUUACCAGACUAAUGGCUGCACUGCUACUGGGUUCCUGCCUGCUCUCGCCACUUCUUCUCCACCUGCUCCUCAGCCCUUUGUUCGCGGUUAACCCGGGGAAGUUAGCAGGGACCUGUCGUUGGAGCCYGGGACCCUGCCCUGAGACACCGAGCCAUCCAAGGGAAGCUGGGGUCUUGGCGAGCAGCAGUGGUUCGGUGAUCUGCCCCAGGUGGACGUUACAACGUCUCCCAUCGGAACCAGCAUUCCCGGUGUGGAGUCUUUUUAUAUGGCAAGGGGCGCACGGAGACCCCUUUGAACCGUUGUGCACCGAAGAAGGAGGUGCGAGAGGGCCGUGGAAUGGAGUCAGGCACCCCCAUCCUGCAGGUAGGAGCAGGAGCAGCGGUGGGGAGAGGGGCGUUGUUUCAACUGUUUUCUCUUCGCGGGUUCAAAAGGCCAAAAAGCGGUAUAUACAAAGUACUAGAGUUUGCGCGCGGUCACCACCCUGUCUGACGCCCGCCAAACCCGACACAGGGAGAGUCUUUGUGCGCGGCCAACACCAGGGACCUGAGAGCGAGUCGUCGGGGAUUACUAGAGACGUUCGAGGGGCUUCUCACAGGUGUACAAGGACCCUUCACCGGCCACUUCCCCCAACACAGCAAAUAUCUACAGCUAAGCAACCACCUGGACAGCUGCCAUGGGGCCCUCCUCGCUCUCAUUUGGGCAAUAAUGCUUUGGACGCCGGCGAGGUGGCCACCGGUGCUUGUUCUCAUUUAAGUAGUCACAAUGUUAUCGAUCUCACCAGUGAUGGUUGUAAUCGUUCGUUUACUAAAGCCAUUGGGAGAACGGGGAGGAGCGUGGCGCAUGGGCCCUGCCCAUGCUAUCUCACCUCAGCCACCGCAGGCAGCGCAGCCAGAUGUUACCAGUCACCCGGGAUUACUGAUGGGGCCAUGGCCCUCACAGGUUGUUAUUUCAGGCAUACCCGCUCCAGUCCUGGGCAUGCCAUGGUUCUGGGCAGGAGGAGGGAGGGAGAGAUGGCACAAGGCAACAAACACGUGAACAAAAAUUAUCUGGAUAAGGAUUUGGCCUCUGUUUAUCUAACAACUAAGCUUAAGGAGCCGGCUGCUCCUCCACAGAGAAUAUCAGUGUUGGCAGGCCGAGAACAGAGCGCUCAACCCCGGGUAGAGAGUAAGGGGUUACCCUGGGGGUCUCUCCCCGGAACGAGGUGUUGUGGUUUGCAGCGGAUGGAUAUGGGGGGAGGACUUUCAGCCAACGUUAUGGGUCCCAGGGGAAGCAUAGAAGUGAGUAAUCUCGACAUCCAAUUUCCCCCCACCACAAAUAUCACUGAUAGUCUAUGUUUGCCAUCUAACGGAACCGGUAAUGAAAACAGAAAUUCUACUAGCUCAUUUUCCUUAUUCCAUGACGACAUACAGGCAGCAGAAUCGGCUGCUCGAGCCAAUGUUCCUUAUCCUCAGUCUGAGCCAGCUCACAAUGAGUCAGCUAUCGUCACGCCUAUAUUGUCUUCCAUCACCGCUCUCACAAUAUCAGCCUCGGUACACGCUGGUGCAAUUAAGUCUGGUGUUACUCACAGGGAUCUCGUUAUCACAAACCCCUUCUCAUUCUCCAUGGAGCUCAAUCUGAUUAAACGGGAUAGUGACUCAGACUCACAUUCCCAGCCACGGACAAGCCUCCUCUACAGACCCCCUCCUCUUCAAAUAGGUUCAGCACCACAGGCACAAUGGACAGCACCCAUGAAAACCUCUACCCAGCUUUCUCCAAGUAAACAUGCAUAUUCGGCUCACCACUUUCAGCCAUUUUUGGGGGAGAAUGUUCACAACGUCAAUAAUAAUAACAAUAUCAGAAAUUACAACCAGAACCACAACAACAACAACAACAACAACAACAACAACAACAAAGAGGAGAAUAUUCAGAUGAAUGAUGAAAGAAAUGGUGUCAAUAGUAGACAGGCGUCAGUGGAUCUGAGCGGACCAUGCUCACAGACACAGCUGGGCUUGGUCCCUGAAGAAUUGCUCGACACUGCGUGUGUUGACAGCAGCUCAGGCGACAGCUUAACUACUGUCCAGGGGGGCACUCGCCUGCAAUUAAAAUCAGGUAAACUGGUGUCAUUACAACAGGAAGGUGUCAGUCAGCCAGAAAGGCAUAUGGGGGGCGAAGUUGAUGAGGGGUCUGGGGGAGGCGAAUUACAGGCGGGGGAGGGAGAGAGACAGGCCAGAGAGGCAUGGAGGGAGGAAGUGGAGGAGUGGGAGUCAGAGGGAAUAAGAAAGGGAGCCACAGCCCAGACAGAUGCAACUGUAGAGGCAGAGGGAGAGAGAGAGAAGGGUCAGGAGAGGGCCAGCCUCACACAGACACAGAGUGGAGCAGGAGGAAAAGGGGAGGGGGAGAGAGUGUGGCAGGGGCCUGAAAGCACACAGGAAGACGAGGAGGAAAGGCACAGGUCAAGGGGAGAGAGAAGCUUGGGAAGGCAGACCGUGGAAGAUGAAGGUGAGGAGGACAGAGGGAAAGAGGUUUUGGUGGUGGGGCGCGCUCGCCGAGCUGCCAACAGACACCCUCACUUCUCCCAGUAUAACUUCCAGGUGCAGGUUCCAGAAAACCAGCCCCCAGGCUCCUCAGUCAUAGCCAUGUCAGCCACCGACCCAGACGCAGGUGAAGCAGGCAGGCUCAGCUACACCAUGGCCCCUCUCAUGAACAGCAGAUCCACUGACUACUUCCACAUCGACCCCGACACAGGCCUCAUCACCACCUCCCAGGUGCUGGACAGGGAGCACAUGGACCUGCACUACUUCCGGGUCACGGCGUCAGACCACRGCUCUCCACGCCUCUCUGGCACCACCAUGGUGGCAAUCACUGUGGCCGACCGCAAUGACCACUCGCCUAUCUUUGAGCACACCGAGUACCGGGAGACCAUCCGGGAGAACGUGGAGGAGGGCUAUCCCAUCCUGCAGCUCCGAGCCACUGACCUGGAUGCCCCGUCCAAYGCCAACAUCCGCUACCGCUUCAUAGGAGACACAGCUGCUGCGGCCCGGGCCGCAUUUGAGAUYGACCCCCGCUCAGGGCUGAUCACCACGCGGGGCGUGGUCGACCGGGAGACCAACGAGCGCUACACCCUCCACGUGGAGGCCAGCGACCAGGGAAGGGAGCCCGGGCCGCGCUCGGCCAUCGUUAAGGUCUUCAUCACAGUGCUGGACGAGAACGACAACGUGCCCCAGUUCAGCGAGAAGCGCUAUGUGGUGGCGGUCAGGGAGGAUGUCCGGCCCCACUCGGAGAUCCUGAGGGUGAGCGCUACGGACCAUGAUAAGGAUAGCAACGCGGCUGUCCACUACAACAUCAUCAGUGGGAACAGCCGGGGCCAGUUCUCAAUCGACAGUGUGACGGGGGAGAUCCAGGUAGUUGCCCCUCUGGACUUCGAGGCAGAGAGGGAAUACACUCUGAGGGUUCGAGCCCAGGACAACGGCCGGCCACCCCUCUCCAAUAACACAGGUAUCAUCAGCGUGCAGGUGACCGACGUCAAUGACAACCCUCCCAUCUUCGUGUCCACGCCGUUCCAGGCGUCAGUGCUGGAGAGCGCCCCCGUGGGCAGCUCCAUCCUCCACAUCCAGGCCAUCGACACCGACUCUGGGGACAACGCCCGUCUGGAGUACAGGCUGACUGGCACCAGCCCUGACACGCCCUUCGUCAUUAACUCCGCCACCGGCUGGGUGACGGUCAGUUCGGCUCUCGACCGGGAGUCUGUGGAACACUUCUUCUUUGGGGUGGAGGCCAGAGACUAUGGCAUCCCACUUCUCUCUGCCACAGCCAGCGUGACCAUAACAGUGAUGGACGUCAACGACAACAGGCCAGAGUUCCUGCAGAAAGAGUACUUUGUGAGGCUCAACGAGGAUGCAGCUGUAGGCACCAGUGUGGUCAUUGUGACCGCGGUCGACCGUGAUGUCAACAGUGCGGUCACCUAUCAGAUCACGGGGGGCAACACGCGUAACCGCUUUGCCAUAAGCACAGCCGGAGGGUCGGGGAUGGUCUCCCUAGCGCUGCCACUCGACUACAAACAGGAACGGCGCUACGUUCUGACUGUGACCGCCUCAGACCGCACACUACACGACACGUGCCAGGUCCACGUCAACAUCACGGAUGCCAACACGCACCGGCCUGUAUUCCAGAGCGCUCACUACUCAGUGUCUGUGAACGAGGACCGGCCGCCGGGCAGCACGGUCGUGGUCAUCAGUGCCACGGAUGAUGACGUCGGUGAGAAUGCUCGCAUCACCUACUUCUUGGAGGACAACAUCCCCCAGUUCCGCAUCGACCCGUCCAGCGGAGCCAUCACCCUGCAGGCCGAGCUGGACUACGAAGACCAGAUGACCUACACUCUAGCCAUCACCGCCCGGGACAACGGCAUCCCACAGAAGUCUGACACCACCUACGUAGAGGUGAAUGUGAACGAUGUGAAUGACAACGCACCACAGUUCCUCAGCCCCAGGUACCAGGGCACCGUCAGUGAAGACGCACCACCCUUCACUAGCGUCCUACAGAUAUCCGCCAUGGACCGAGAUGCCCACGCCAACGGCCGCGUCCAGUACACCUUCCAGAAUGGGGAGGACGGCGACGGUGACUUCACCAUCGAGCCCACAUCGGGCAUUGUACGCACGGUCCGUCGUCUGGACCGCGAGAGUGUUCCCUUCUAUGAGCUGACGGCGUACGCAGUGGACCGUGGGUUGCCUCCACAGCGGACUCCCGUCCACAUCCAGGUGACAGUUCUCGAUGUCAAUGACAACGCGCCCGUGUUCCCAGCGGACGACUUUGAGGUUCUAGUGAAGGAGAACAGCGCUGUGGGGUCAGUGGUGGCCCAGAUUACAGCCACAGAUCCAGACGAGGGGGCCAACGCCCAGAUCAUGUACCAGAUCGUAGAAGGUAACAUCCCUGAGAUCUUCCAGAUGGACAUCUUCUCUGGGGAGCUCACCUCCCUCAUCGACCUGGACUACGAAGCCCGCUCAGAGUACGUGAUCGUGGUCCAGGCCACCUCAGCCCCCCUGGUGAGUCGGGCCACGGUGCGCAUCCGGCUGGUGGACCAGAACGACAACCGGCCCCAGCUCCAGGACUUCCAGAUUAUCUUCAACAACUUUGUGUCCAACCGUUCCAACAGUUUCCCCAGUGGGGGGAUCGGACGGGUGCCGGCCCACGACCCGGACGUGAGCGACCGUCUCUACUACACUAUCGACCGGGGCAACGAGCUGCACCUGCUGCUUCUCAACCACAGCAGCGGGGAGAUCCGGCUGAGCCGCAAGCUGGACAACAACAGAGCCUUGGUGGCCCCCAUGCUCAUCACUGUCACAGACGGAGUCCACAGUAUCUCGGCCCAGUGCGUUCUUCGAGUGCUCAUCAUCACAGAGGACAUGUUGAGCAGCAGCGUGACAGUGCGCCUCCAAAACAUGUCCCAGGAGCACUUCCUGUCCCCACUGCUGGGUCACUUCCUGGAGGGGGUGUCGGCGGUGCUGUCCAUCCCUCCGGAGGAUGUUUUUGUAUUUAACAUCCAGCCGGACGGCGAGGCAGGGGGCAUCCUGAACGUCAGUUUCACCGCUGCGCUGCCCGGGGGUAACUUUUUACCCUCAGAGGCCCUGGAAGAGCAACUCUACCUCAACCGUCCGCACCUCACCUCCUUGGCAAAGAUGGAGGUGCUCCCGUUCGAUGACAACGUGUGUCUGCGGGAGCCGUGUCAGAACUACAUGAAGUGCAUCUCGGUGCUUCGCUUCAACAGCUCUGCUCCCUUCAUCUCCUCUCCCUCCGUCCUGUUCCGGCCCAUCCACCCCAUCGCCGGGCUGCGCUGCCGCUGCCCCGCAGGCUUCACUGGGGACUACUGCGAGACGGAGAUCAACCUGUGUUACUCCAACCCCUGUCUCAACGGAGGAGUGUGUGCUCGCAGGGAGGGAGGCUACACCUGUAUCUGCAGAGAAGACUACACAGGCGAGCGGUGUGAGUGGGACAGGCGUCAGGGCCGCUGUGUCCCGGGGGUGUGUAGGAAUGGGGGGACGUGCAGGGAGCUGUCUGGAGGGGGGUUCCGCUGUGAGUGCCCCGCAGGAGGGUACGAGCGGCCCUACUGCGCUGUCACUGCACGCUCCUUCCCCCCCAAAUCAUUUAUCAUGUUCCGAGGCCUCCGCCAGAGAUUCCACCUCUCCAUUUCUCUCACUUUUGCCACUCUGGAGAACAGUGGCCUCCUCUUCUACAACGGACGCUUCAAUGAGAAACACGACUUCCUGACUCUGGAGAUCCUAGAGGGACAGGUGGUGCUCAAGUACUCCACAGGUGAAUUGUCCACUCAGGUGAGCCCCUUUCUACCUGGGGGCGUGGCCGAUGGAAACUGGCACUCUGUCCACAUCCACUACUACAACAAGCCCAAGCGCAGUGUGAGUGGGGAGGCCCAGGGUCCAUCUGAUGAGAAGGUGGCGGUGGUCAGUGUGGAUGACUGUGACACGGCCGUGUCGCUGCGCUUCGGAACACAGCUCGGCAACUAUAGUUGUGCUGCUCAGGGCAAGCAGACCAGCUCCAAGAAAUCUCUGGAUCUCACCGGUCCCUUGUUUUUGGGCGGAGUGCCCAACAUGCCUGAUCAUUUCCCGUUUCACACCCGGGAGUUUAUUGGCUGUAUGAAAGACCUCCACAUCGACAACAGACCUUUGGACCUGGCGGGAUACAUCGCUAACAAUGGAACCUUACCUGGAUGUAGUGCCAAGCUGCCCUUCUGUAACUCCGACCCAUGUCAGAACGGAGGAACGUGUCGUGUCAGCUGGGAGACCUUCUCAUGUGACUGCCCCCUAGGKUUUGGAGGGAAGGACUGCAGCCAUGUGAUGCCCCACCCACAUCGUUUCCUGGGAAACAGUGCCCUCUGGUGGGACCUGAAGAAUGACGUGACCAUCUCCACACCUUGGUACCUGGGCCUGGUGUUUAGGACGCGGGCCAGGGAGGGCACCCUGCUGCAGGCACAGGCCGGACAGUACACCAGCCUGGUCUUCCAGCUGGUGAGUGGUCAGCUGGUGUUCUCGGUGACCAAGGGGUCGACGCUGCCGGUGCGUCUGCGUCUGGACCAGGUGCAGGUGAGCGACGGGCGCUGGCACGACCUGCAGCUGGAGCUCCGAGACGUCCGCAGCGGGAGGGAGACGCGCUACGUGGCUACCGUCCGCCUCGACUUUGGCCUCUUCCAGGGCACAGUGAUMGUGGGGAAUGAGAUCCAUGGGCUGAAAGUGAAACACCUCCAUGUGGGCGGAGUCCUGGGCUUGGGGGAGGUGCAGAACGGGAUACGGGGCUGCAUCCAGACUUUGUGUGUCAGGGUUCGUUUGGGGAUGCGACCAGAUGCCACGCCCCUGCCCGCCCCUCGGGCUGUCAAAGUGGAGACGGGCUGUAGCGUUGGCAACCCCUGUGUCUCUUCCUCCUGCCCGCCCCACAGCCGCUGUUGUGACAAUUGGGAACGCCACACCUGUCUGUGCGAACCAGGUUUCUAUGGUAAGGGCUGUAUAGAAGCGUGCCAGCUGAACCCGUGUGAAAAUGAAGCCAAGUGCCACAGGAAGCCCAGCUCAUCACACGGAUACAUCUGUGACUGUGGAGACAACCACUAUGGCCAGUACUGUCAGCACAGGAUUGACCACCAGUGUCCACGUGGUUGGUGGGGCUCUCCAACAUGUGGGCCCUGCCACUGUAACACCAGUAAAGGAUUCCACCCCGACUGCAACAAGACCAGUGGCCACUGCCAUUGCAAGGAGUUCCACUACCGCCUGCGGGGCAGUGACUCCUGCCUGCCGUGUGACUGCUACCCUGUGGGCUCCUUCUCCCGGUCAUGUGACCCAGAGAGUGGCCAGUGCCAGUGUCGGGCUGGUGUGAUUGGUCGACAGUGCAACAUGUGCGACAACCCCUUCGCUGAAGUCACACUGAAGGGCUGCGAAGUCAUCUAUGACGGCUGUCCUAAGACCAUCACCCUGGGUAUCUGGUGGCCCAGGACGAAGUUCAACCUGCCAGCAGCCGUGCCCUGUCCUAAAGGAUCCGUGGGUGCUGCUAUCAGACACUGUGACGUGGAGAGGGGCUGGCUGGAGCCGGAUCUCUACAACUGUACCUCUCCUCCCUUUGUGGAGCUCAAUGCAGCAGUAAGAAUUACUCCACUACCCCAUUCUGGAGUCGGGUUGAGCGGGAACGAGACAGAGCUCAGCACCAUCGUGGAGAGGAAACUGGCCCACCAGCUCCGUGAUGUCACUGAAGCCACACCCCGUCUCUAUGGCAAUGACCUUCAGAUUGCAGAGCGGCUACUGUCCCGCCUGUUGACCUUCGAGAGUCUGCAGACGGGCUUCGGCCUGACCGCCACCCAGGACGCACACUUCAACGAGAAUGUUCUGCAGGGCUGCAGUGCGGUGCUGGGUCCAGGCAGUGCAAGUUUAUGGCGGGCCCAGAUCCAGGCCCAGGGAGGGGCAGGAGGGCUGGCUGAUCUGCUGGAGCAGUAUGCCCAGACCCUGGCCCGGAACAUGAAGCUCACCUACCUGAACCCCGUGGCUCUGGUCGCCCCCAACAUCGUGAUGAACCUGGACCGCGUUGAGAACCACACCCAUGUGCGCAGACGUUUCCCUCGCUACCACAGCCCUCUGUUCCGCGGCCAGGCUCUCUGGGACCCCCACACACAUGUGGUGUUGCCCCCUGCUGCCCUGGUGCCACAACGACACCAACUUUCAGCUUCACAGAACACAGCUCCUGCCCCUGUCAGUAUGUUGGCCAAUCAGACGGGAGACUAUGCUGCAGCCAGGCAUUCUGUUUCGCUACUGGAGCCGCCUAUCACCAUUGUCAUCAUGUUGAUCUAUCGUAGCCUUGGAGCAGCACUCCCCCCCAAGUACCACACUGACCGACGAGGAGUCAGACUCCCCAGACAUCCAGUGAUGAACUCUCCAGUGGUCAGUGUGUCUGUCUACAACAACCAGACGUUUGUCGGGGGUCCCCUGGACUCGCCCCUGCAGCUGGAGUUCCGUCUGCUGGAGACCACCAAUCGUAGCAAGCCCCUGUGUGUCCAGUGGAACCACAGCAGCCCUUUGGAGGUGGGAGGUUGCUGGACAGUGAGGGACUGCAUCGUAGUAUACAGGAACACGUCCCACGUGCGUUGCCAGUGUCAGAGGCUGGGCACCUUUGGUGUCCUGAUGGACAGCUCCCAGAGAGAACAGUUGGAGGGGGAUCUGGAGACCCUGGCCCUGGUCACCUACUUCUCCCUGUCUGUGUCCAUGCUGGCCCUGCUGCUCACUGUCCUGGUGCUGUCCUGCCUCCGGGGCCUCAAGUCCAACACCCGCUCCAUCCAUUCCAACAUGGCCGCCGCCAUGCUGCUCUCUGAGCUCGUCUUCCUGCUCGGCAUCAACCAGACCGAGCAGCAGUUCAUGUGUACGGUGGUGGCCAUCCUGCUGCACUAUUUGUUCAUGGCCAMGUUUGCCUGGCUGUUUGUGGAAGGGCUCCACGUCUACCGCGUGCAGACAGAGGCUCGCAACAUCAACUACGGAGCCAUGAGGUUCUACUAUGCCAUCGGAUGGGGCGUGCCUGCCAUCAUCACAGGUUUGGCGGUAGGGCUGGAUCCUGAGGGCUAUGGAAACCCAGACUUCUGCUGGAUCUCCAUAUAUGACAAACUCAUCUGGAGCUUCGCUGGACCCAUCGCUAUCGUCAUUCUGAUGAAUGGUGGGAUGUUUCUGAUUGUGGCUCGCAUGUCCUGCAACCCCUCCCAGAAAGAGACCAAGAAACUACCUGUCAUAGCCACUCUACGCGGUGCCAUCCUCCUGCUGCUGCUGGCCACCUCUACCUGGUUCUUUGGGCUGAUGGCUGUCAACAACAGCAUUCUGGCCUUCCACUAUAUCUUCAUUGUACUAUGCUUACUGCAGGGUCUUGCUAUGUUCCUGGUAUUCACGGUGAUGAACGCGGAGGUGCAGGAGGUCUGGAAGUUGUCAUGUCUGGGCAAGAAGAGCCUCAACGAGGACGCACCUAGAGCCCCACAGAUCCCUGGUCAGAACCCCUACAACAAUGCGUCGUUGCUGGAGCAGAGCGGACUGCACCGCAUCACCCUGGGAGCCUCCACCAUCUCCUCUGUCAGCAGCGCUCGGGAGAACCUGCUGGCCCGCCAGACCUUGGAACACAAUCUGGGACAUACUGGAGCUACAGACCUGGAUGUGGCUAUGUUCCAUGGACAGAGGUACCCACUGGUUCUGUCUCUCUCUCUCUCUGUCGUUCUGUCUUUCCUCUCAGGUGAGGACUCAGACACAGACUCAGAUGUCUCUUUGGAAGGGGAACGUAGUCUCUCCAUCCCCUCCUCCGAGAGUGAGGACAACGUUCGUCUCCGUGGACGCAUCCAGCGGCGUUUCAAACGCACCAAUCACAGCGAGCGGCUGCUCACAGAGCCCACCCACAAUAGCACCAAAGACCUGGAUGGCAAUGACCUGCUCUCCUAUUGGCCAGCGCUGGAGGAGUGUGAAGUCCACUCCCUGCAGAAGUGGGGCUCAGAGCGCCGCCUAGGGGCUGACUACAGCAAGGAUGGCGCCAACAACAACCAGCCUGACGCAGCGCUGACCAGCGGGGACGAGAACAGCCUGACAGGACAGCCCAGCCGCCACCGCAAGGGCAUCCUGAAGAACCGUAUUGGCUGUCCGCCGGCCCUGCAGGGUCUCUCCACCAUGGGCCGGGUCCCCAGCGAUCUCUCCUGGUACCGCACCUCCACCCUGGGCCACAGGGGCGUCCCGGCAGCCUCCUACGGCCGCAUGUACUCUGGGACAGGCUCCCUGUCUGGCACGGGUUCCUUGUCCCAGCCCGCCUCCCGCUACUCUUCCAGGGAGCACCUGGACUCUCUGGCUCGCCGCCAGUUCUCCAGAGACCCCCUGGGCCGCCAGGCUGGAGGAGGGUCCCAGAACCGCCUGGACCGCCAGGGCUCCCGGGACAACCUGGACCUGCUCCCCCGCCGCCGUGAGCCGGGCCUAGACAGAGCCUCCAGGGAGAACCUGAGCAGCUCCAGAGACAGGCUGGAUGUCCAGCAGCACAGCGCCCACGCCUCCCGGGAGGACUUGAGUGGGAAUGGRGGUGUGGAGCCGAGUCUGGGGGGGUCGCGCUCCCAGCUCAACACCCUGACGCGACGCCAGGCCUCCUCCCGUGAACACCUGGGAGGAGCGCUGAUGAGCAGCCGCUCCCGUGAGCAGCUGGAGGGCAAUGGGGGAGGUGGGGUGACUCAGUCCCAGCCCUGCAGGGAGUGGCUGCGCACACUGCCCCCCCGUCAGCCCUCGCACCCCGACCAGCCCCCACCCUCCUCCCCUCCACCCCCAAUCAGCGAGGAACCCCAGGAAUCCCCUCUACCCUGUCGCGGCCGGCUGGACUCUGCUCCCCCGUGUAGGUACCCCCUCCCUGCCCUCGGCGCACCCCCCAGCCGCCAUCCGUCCAGCGAGCACCUGGACAUCCUGUCCUCCAUCUUGGCCUCCUUCAGCUCUUCUGUGCUCACCCCCCCAGACCCCUCAUCUGCACAGGGACCCUCCCCCUCCCCACCCCACUCCGCAACCUCCCACAGCAUCUCUGAGGUCUCCCCAGACUCUGAAGUCAACAGAAGUGAAGGACAGUCUUGAUGACACCCUCCAAAUCCCACAAUGCAUGUCUAGUGGGGUUACCAAGGACUGCGCGGGGGUAGGGCAGAGGUCAAGGAGCCCCUGGAAUGCUGAAGCACUUUGGGAUACUGGAGGAUAUGUUUUGAAGGAAGGCCGAGACAGUGAGAGGGAGUUUGAAGGUGCUGGGUUGGUGCUGCUGUUAAGUAUUUUCGGUCACAAUURGUAACCAGUAUGGGGAGGAGGGCUAUAUGAUUGAAACAGAGGGGUGGCUACCUCAGCCACUACGUUUUAACGAACUUCGAUCCUCAGAUUUCAACAUGAACACAAAGAUCGGAAUCGAUCUGCUAAGAAAAAGAUGAACCUGUAGAUAACAUUUUUAUACAUUUUGUAUCUUUUUCAACAGAGAUGGAAGAAAAAAAAUCUCUUGUGAUGUUUUGGAAGAUUGUGUCCAUGUGCGGUUGUGAAGGAGAUGUGAAUGGAAUCUGUUGCUAUGGGCGAUAGCCCUAACUCAAUCCCAAAUUCCACUACCAUUAUCCUGAAACCUUUCCUCAAACCUGUCAACUAUGUUUAUAAAACUAGGGACCGGGGUUGGUUAGUGUUGAUUGGAUGAGAUUACAAGACGUGAUAGGAUGAGGAAGAUGUUGGGGGCGGGUGAUUGUAAAUAGGAAGGAAUUCUAGGAAAGCGAGAUUUGAUAGAACAAAUGAUUGUGAACAAGAAAGAAAGCAGAUAUACUUUUAUAUUUGCAAGGCUUGAUGAUGGCUCAUUCUUUAGACAUAAUUGUUCUGUUAAUCCAAGACCCACUGCAUUUGAAUGUCGAUCAUCUAUUCUACAGCCUCAUAUAGCUCUCUGUGCUACUAUAAGUCACAAACAAAACAUAUCAGUCAAAACAAAGUAUUAUAUCAGAUAUGGUUCCAUAUCUAACAGUUUCUCUGCCUGAGGAUAUAUGGUCCAUUUAAGUGUAAAAUAUCUCUUUUCAAUUACCUGCUGUAAUAUCAUUUCAUGUCUUUGGUGGUAUGUUAUUAUAAAUGUGACACUAUAAUUGCCAAAAAUGUCCCCAGGGUACCCCCAAUAUCCAUCCUUACCCAUGUUCCAUUCUGUUCAGCUGCUCCAGUUAUUUAGCUACUGGGCAGUUAUUUUUUCACAUGAUUUAUUAUUGCAGUACCUGAAACUUGUACAGACAUAAGAUUUKAUUUUAUUUAUGACGAUCAUAUUUAUUACUUUGUAAUUUAGUGUGAGAGGAUGUAAUGUUUCCUAUGGCCUGACUCUCCCACUGUGACAAAAUGCAAUGAGAGAAAAGAACGAGUGAGAUGACUAGAGUCAAGAGGAAAGACAUUGAUGUGAUGAUGAAGGGAUAGAGAGAGGAUGGGAUGGGGGAUUGUCUUUGUCAGUUUGUUUAUUCUGGGGUAUGUGCUAUCCAGUCAGCAUGGGGGGAAUUUGAAACAGCUGCUCCUCAUUCACCGUGGAAACCAUACAAGAGAAAUGUUGCACAUUAAAAAAAGAACUAUUUAUUCCUAACAAGAUGUGUUUUCUGUGAGUGACAUUCCCUGAUGAAAACAAGUGUUAGCAGAGACCAGUUUUGACAGUUUGUUUCCGGAGGCUCUUCYCUCUCAGGUAUUUUUAUUUGCCAGGUGUCUUUUCAUAUUCAGAGAUCUCCCCCAGCCCAUUACAACAAAACUACCCCAGAUUUUGAGCAGCAAUGAAAAGGAAUACUAAAACAAAAAUCACUAAAACCUGAAACUGUCAAAAACKGAAAAAAUCAUUGUCAGAAAAUAAGAGCAAUAAAAAUGUAGAAAGAAACUAAAACGUCAAAUGAUUUGAUCGUGAUCCUCAUCCUCCAUGUCCUUGCUACUAGAGGACAGUCGUACCUCUUCUAUCUUCUUCAGCUUAGCCUGAUAGUAUCUAUUUUUUAGCCUGUAGGCCUUCUCUUUCUGCCUCACGGCCUGUCUCUUAUCUUCUAGAACCUUCUGUUCCAUCUGUAGAAGCCUCAUCCUCUGCUCAUGUUCCAGCUCCGACAGUUCCAACAUGCGCGGCCCAUACCGUGGGUCCUCCGCACCUCGCCCUGCCACUGCCGCCAGAGAGGUGAGGGGUCGUGUGGUGGCCCGGGGGGGUGUAGGGCAGGUCAAAGUUCAUUGGGCUGGUUGGUGGAGGGGGCCCGGAGGGGUCCACCACUUCCUGUUAGUGCUGUAAAGGAGGUGAUGCCGAUACUCAUGUCUACCUGGUCUUUACUCUCACACUCGUGGGGAAGACAUGACAYUGGGUUAGAUUAACUGUACUGUCAGACAUUCUGCUCUUAUAAUAGAAAAACUUGCAGUUAAUAUUGAACUGUAUUGACAUUUUCAUAUGUAAGAUCAUCAUACAGAGAGGAUUGUCUAUGGAGAUGUGCUCUAGCUGAGAAGACACAUUACCUCCUUGUGACUGUACAAAUACUGAGCAAUACAGUGCAUUUGGAAACUAUUCUGACCCCUUCACUUUUCCACAUUU